AUGAUCAAUGUCAUAAAGGCCCUGGAGCAAGAUAAAGGGCUAGAAGGUGAUAUGAAGGAUUACCGUGUUCUUCAAAUGCUUUCCUUGGGCCAAGAACAACACACCAGUACUGGAAGGCUCACCCAGGGGGAAACAUCAUUCGAUAUUUCGCCAAGCUGCGUGGGACACUGUCCUCGGCUCACCAAUGAGAGCCGGGCGAUUGGUGCAGGGCCAGCGCUUCACAGAGCACAGCCUUGGGGAAAAGCAAGGAGUCGCAGAUGUAAGUUUGCUUUGUCACCGCCCUCUGAGCGACUUUGGGCCAGUCUCUUAGGUCUCCAGACCUCGGACCUUGUCUGUUUCCCGCGGGGAGGAAACCGAACCUGGGUGACACUCAGGGCAGCGGCGGGGAGCCGCGCGGCUGGACGGGAGUGUAGCGCACCGCGCGCGCCUCAGAACUUUGUCCCAAACGUGGAGCGGGAACCCCGGAGUGCGGGGGGGGGGGGGAGCUCCGGCUGCGGGAGCGCGGCGACGGCGCUCCUCCUUUCUCCACGUCAUGGGGGCCGCUCGGCGCUCUCCCACCCCCGGCCGAGGGAGAGCAAGUCCCUAGCAGGGCGCGCCGCCGAGUUGGCGAAAGGGGAGGAGGCGGGAGCGAGCCGCCGCCGCCGCCGCCGCCGCGGCAGCAGCAGAGGGGCCGGGAUCCCGGAGCGCAGCUCACGGCCCCCGCCCGGGUGGCCUCUGCAGCCGCGGGGACCCCGCGUUCGGGGCUCCCCUGCUCCCUUUCAAUCUCUGAUCAAGCAGAUCCCACGAAUCCUGGGCCCAGGCCUCAAGAAGGCUGGCAAGUUCCCCUCCUUGUUGACCCACAAUGAGGACAUGGUGGCCAAGGUGGAUGAAAUGAAGUCCAGAAUCAAAUGCCAGAUGAAGAAGGUGCUGUGUCUGGCAGUGGCUCUUGGCCCCGUGAAGAUGACAGAGGACGAGCUUGUGUACAACAUCCACUUGGCUGUCAGUUUCCUGGCGUCAUUGCUUAAGAGGAACUGGCAGAACAUCUGGGCUUUAUGCAUCAAGAGCACCAUGGGCAAGCCCCAGCAUCUGCACGAAGGCACACAGCUCAAUAAACCCUAG